AUUUUAGCUACCGUCCAUCUUCAGCUACAUUACAGUGAGCGAGCUUGUCGAAAAGAAAACACAAUUUGGAAGUAAAGAAGACUUUCUGGAAUUAGUUUUGGCUGUAUUUGAAAAAAGACAAACGAAAGCCCAUACCAUAGACGGAAUGUGGACAUUGUCGUAGUCAGAGCCAUGGCUGACAAGAGAAAACUUCAAGGUGAGAUCGACAGAUGUUUGAAAAAAGUAGCUGAAGGUGUGGAACAGUUUGAAGACAUCUGGCAAAAGCUCCAUAAUGCAGCCAAUGCAAACCAGAAGGAAAAAUAUGAGGCUGACCUCAAGAAAGAGAUAAAAAAACUACAGCGACUGAGAGAUCAGAUAAAAACAUGGGUGGCCUCGAACGAGAUCAAAGACAAAAGGCAGCUAGUCGAAAACCGCAAACUUAUAGAGACGCAAAUGGAGCGGUUCAAGGUGGUGGAACGUGAAACAAAAACAAAAGCCUACUCAAAAGAAGGCUUGGGGCUCGCUCAGAAAGUGGAUCCAGCUCAGAGGGAAAAAGAGGAAACGGGACAGUGGCUAACAUGUACGAUAGACACUCUAAAUAUGCAGGUGGAUCAGUUUGAAAGUGAGGUGGAAUCUCUUUCAGUUCAGACAAGAAAAAAGAAGGGCGACAAAGAUAAACAGGAUCGCAUUGAGGAGCUCAAACGAAUGGUUGAAAGGCAUCGAUUUCACAUUCGCAUGUUGGAGACCAUUUUACGAAUGCUGGACAAUGACUCGAUAGCGGUGGAUUCAAUCCAGAAGAUCAAGGAUGAUGUUGAUUACUACAUCGAUUCCUCCCAAGACCCAGACUUUGAAGAGAAUGAGUUCAUCUACGACGACUUAGACCUGGAAGACAUCCCAUUAGUGGCAACUUCUCCGUCAGGUCAGGGCAAUCUGGAGGAUGAGAUGUUUCUGCACUCCAGCAGCACUCCCACUUCCACAACCUCCUCUUCACCCAUUCCUCCGUCCCCGGCCACAUGCACUGCUGAGAACUCAGAGGACGAUAAGAAAAGGGGACGCUCGACAGACAGUGAGGUUAGUCAGUCACCUGUAAAGAAUGGCACCCCGUCCUUGCUAUCUUCCUUCUCGUCCUCCACGACAUCCGGGUCCUCCUCAUCCUCCUCUCUCGUUUCCAUGGCGAGUGUUGUCGGAGGCAUUCCAGCGGUUCCCACAAGCAGCAGUCUCAUAGGGAGCUUCAGCAGUGCGGUUCAGCAGCAUCAGCAUCAACCUGCACAGCAGCAGCAGCAGCCUCAGCCACCAAAUCAACCGCAGCAGCAACAACAGCAACAGCCACCUCAGACAAAACCCUCUGUCCCCUCAAACAACACCCCCAGCCCGCCCAGCAACCCUCUCCUCCCAGCCUCAACGGCCCCCUCUCUCCCCACGCCCAGCGCACCCAUUUCCAUAGCUCCCAUCUCUCAAUCACAGCUCAUAUCCGUGCCCACCCCGGGAUCCAGUUUGGGACUCGGGCUGGGGCUGGGUUUGAGCAAAAUUGGCCUGUCGGAGACCAGCAGUGCCAACCAAAUGUCUGGUUUGGGUCUAGGUGGCCACCCCUCUCACUUAAGCACACUGGCAGGGCUCAUUUCAGGCUCCACAUCUGCCCCGUACGCUCAAGCAGCAGCAUCAGGAGGCUUGGGUUUGAGCAGCACCUCUCAGUCCAGCAUUUCAGCAGAGAGCAGCAUUUCCAUCCCCACCUCUGGCUCCAGUGGAGUCACCACCAACGGGGCGGGGAUCGGGCUCGGCUUGCUAGGUUCCAGCCCGGCCCAUAACUCUUUGAGUGGGAGUAUUCUGGGUCUGAUUCCUGGGCAAAAUGUAGCCCCCGGUGCUUCCCAGUUACCCCCGAGUUCUGUCAGCACUACACCCGGAGCAGUUGGCAUGAUGGGAGGCAGUGGAGGGAAUGUCGGUUUGGUUGGAGGAGUGAAUGCUGCUCCUGCGAGACCACCGAGUGGCCUGAAGCAGAAUGGAACCACAAGUUACAGUGCUGUAGUGGCAGAGAACUCGACAGAAUCAGCUCUAAGCACACCGAGCCAGUCACAAAGCAGCCAGCCUUCGUCACUCAGCUCUUCAAACAGUCAGCCGAUGGACAACGGCUCCAGUUUAAUCAGCUCCAUCACUCUGCCUCCCAGCUCUCCGUCCCCCUCAUUCUCUGACGGCACACCCGGUGGAGGGAGUCUUCUCAACGGGCCCCACUCCUACACACAGGCCUCUGAGGCUCUCAAGGCCCCAGAGCCUCUCAGCUCUCUGAAGGCGAUGGCUGAGAGAGCAGCGCUGGUAUCCGGUCUGGAUGGAGAGAUUCCCAACCUGCACCUAACAGAGAGAGGUCGGAACGAUAUCUUCUCUGGUUCGUCUGCACCGCCCUGCACACCUGCCGCCCCUCAGCCGUCCGUGUCGGAAGUCAGCAUUCCCCCCUCGCUAGGGGUCUGUCCACUGGGCCCCACCCCCCUCCCAAAAGACCAGCUCUACCAGCAGGCCAUGCAGGAGUCAGCAUGGACGCACAUGCCCCACCCCUCCGACUCCGAGAGGAUCAGGCAAUACCUGAUGAGGAAUCCGUGUCCCACACUACCCUUCCACCAUCAGAUACCCCCGCACCACUCUGACUCCAUAGAGUUCUACCAGAGACUGUCCACAGAAACUCUGUUUUUCAUCUUCUACUACCUGGAGGGCACCAAGGCUCAGUAUCUGUCUGCCAAGGCUCUGAAGAAACAGUCGUGGAGGUUUCACACAAAGUACAUGAUGUGGUUCCAGAGGCACGAGGAGCCCAAGACCAUCACUGAUGAGUUUGAGCAGGGCACGUACAUUUACUUUGACUAUGAGAAAUGGGGCCAGAGGAAGAAGGAGGGAUUCACCUUCGAGUACAGGUACCUCGAAGACCGAGACCUGCAGUGACGGACAAUGGGACACGAAAGGACAGAGAGACAAAACGUGCUGCUGUUGACAUUCCGAGACUGAACUUCAAACUGUGGAUAGAGAUUGUGAUGUGUAGUAGAAACCCUCUCCUAAAAUGGAGACUGGUGUCUGUAUAGGCUGCAUCUCUACGUGGAGCCCUCACUCCUCCUGUAGCACUUUGCAUUUGACAAAAAUGCCCUGUGGGUCUGAUCAAAUGCAUGGUGCUGCAGGAGCCAGGGGGGCUCUCACUAGAGAUCUGCGUUUGUGCCUGUCUGUGUGCACACUCAGUAUGUGGCAUUAGGAAAGCCUACCCCAUGCAUGUUUCUCAUGUUUUGUUUUAUUUUUCCGUUUCAACAAGAUUCUCUGUACCACCUACCCAACAUGAGCCUGGAAGCCUUCGACUUGACACAAAACAAACCUUGGAUUUGGUUUAGUAAACUGCCCAUCUUGUAUUUACGGUUAGGUGGUUUUAAAUGGGGAGGUACAGUGGACAUUUAGUCAUGGUGUGUAGGACUGGCUUCUUUUAAGACCCUACGAUGCCUGUUGAAUAUGGUCACUAUUAGAGAUAGUGAGCGGUUAUCAAUAGUUUUAUUGAUAUUGUCUUGGUCGAUUUAACGCUGAUUGAGAGUGACCACAGGGCCUCUCCCUGUGACAGGGAAAGAGUCCUUAUUGGACAUGGAUUAAAUUGCUAUGCAAUUGAA